AUGCCGACAGAAUUGCCACAAAUGAGGUCGUGGAGAAGAAAAACACAGUUAUCUUGGGUUCAAUGUUGUCGAAUAAUCAAAGUGUCUGUGCCUAACAACCAUCCUGUUGUUGUCGUGGCAAACGAGAUGGAGCUCAUGGAGCCGUUUUACAUUCGCUAUGUGAAUUGGACUCUUAACCAUGAAGAAUCUCCCCCACGGCUGCAAAUUCCACCACCUAUUGCUGCCUCGCCUCCUCGAAGUAAGAAGUAUAAGUAA